UGCGCCCUGCGUUCACCGCGCCGAACUGCAGCUAUGGAACAAACACCUCCGGACCCCGAGAGGCAGAUGCAGCCUGCGCUCCUGAAGCCGCCUGGUCACCCCGACUCCGGGCUGGAGGCUGCGAUUCGUGAGGAAGCCGAGGGGGCCCCGGAAGACAGCUCUGGGUUGGGCACGAUGACAGAAAAUAAUUUUUGGUUGAAGAAGAUAGAAAUCAGUGUUUCAGAAGCAGAAAAGCGAACUGGAAGAAAUGCCAUGAACAUGCAAGAAACCUAUACUGCUUACCUUAUUGAAACAAGGUCAGUUGAACAUGCUGAUGGUCAGAGUGUCCUAACAGACUCACUGUGGAGGCGGUAUAGUGAGUUUGAGUUGUUAAGAAAUUACCUUUUGGUUUACUAUCCACAUAUUGUUGUGCCACCUCUACCAGAAAAACGGGCAGAAUUUGUUUGGCAUAAACUUUCUGCUGACAACAUGGAUCCAGAUUUUGUUGAGAGACGGCGGAUUGGCUUAGAAAACUUCCUCUUGAGAGUUGCUUCACAUCCCAUCCUUUGUAGAGACAAAAUCUUCUAUUUGUUUUUAACACAGGAAGGUAACUGGAAGGAGACUGUGAAUGAAACUGGGUUUCAGCUGAAGGUAACUAUUUGUGUAAAUGAUUUGCCAUCGCCCUUUAUGGUCAUCCGAUUGAUUCUGGUGGUCCACCUUGUCAGGCAGUUCAUGGAUGAAGCAGAUUUUCAGCUUCUUCUUGGGCACCUGUGUGUCCUGCUCCCUGUCUCCAUGCACUUCAUGGUUCCAGCUCUUGGGGAAGAGGACAUGUCUGUGGAACGCAUCCUGCAGCUGGGUCACCUGAUCUUUCAGCUCUCGGUUAUGCAUGAGUGUGCAUUUCAUAGUCACAUGUUCUUAUUCCAUUGUCUUGAGGAUCUUGUGCCGAUCCUCAGCAUGCUGAUCCCAAUCCUCAGCUUUCUUCAGUAUCCACAGCCACUGCUGCUGCCCCAGGUUCUGGAGAUUGAGGCUCCGGUUUUCCUGUAUCUGGAUGUGAAGUUGUUCCUCCGGGUUCUUGAACUCUUUCUGCAAGUGGAAGGCCUGGGCCUGCAGCUGCUGCUCAACCUGAGAUGGCCCUGCAAUGCAGGGGCUGCAGAGGCGGCAGCUCUGCCAGCUGCUUUCUCAGUUCCAACAGCUCUAGGUCCAACAGCUGCCUCACCCCUUGCUCUUUCUCCUCUCUCAGUUGCUCAUCUGCUCCAAGAGCUGCUGGACCUUCUCCUGCCACCUGGAUCUCUCCACCCUCAGAAGCACUUCCAGCUUCUGCAGCUCAGUGUUCUCUUCCUCCAGGUCAUCACAGCUUCUGGCCUUUUCCUGGAACUGCACCUUCACGUUAUUCAGGGCUUUUGGCAUUGGCAGACAGGCCAGAGAAAUGGAAGUGAAUUGGAUAAUCCUAAGGAGGUAGAACUGAUGGACUGGAUGAUUAGUAGACGGUAUGGAAUGAAGGAGAAGAGAAGGAACUACAGGAGGUUUACUGAACUAAAACACUACAGUGAUGAACUCCAGUCUGUCAUCUCACAUCUUCUUCGCGUGAGAGCUAGAGUAGCCGAUCGACUCUAUGGUGUAUAUAAAGUACAUGGGAAUUAUGGGCGAGUUUUUAGUGAAUGGAGUGCCAUAGAGAAAGAAAUGGGUGAUGGGUUGCAGAGUGCUGGCCACCAUAUGGACGUGUAUGCAUCUUCUAUUGAUGAUAUUUUAGAAGAUGAAGAACAUUAUGCAGAUCAGUUAAAGGAGUAUCUUUUCUAUGCAGAAGCACUGAGGGCUGUAUGCAGGAAGCAUGAGCUUAUGCAGUAUGACUUGGAGAUGGCGGCCCAGGACCUGGCAUCAAAGAAGCAGCAGUGUGAGGAGCUGGCCACUGGGACUGUGAGGACAUUCUCUCUAAAAGGAAUGACGACCAAGCUCUUUGGUCAAGAGACUCCAGAACAGAGAGAAGCCAGAAUAAAGGUGCUAGAGGAACAAAUAAAUGAAGGAGAACAGCAGCUGAAGUCUAAAAAUCUGGAAGGCAGAGAAUUUGUGAAAAAUGCAUGGGCUGAUAUUGAACGCUUCAAAGAACAAAAGAACCGAGACUUGAAAGAGGCCCUCAUAAGCUAUGCCAUUAUGCAGAUCAGUAUGUGCAAAAAGGGAAUUCAAGUUUGGACCAAUGCUAAGGAAUGCUUUAGCAAGAUGUAAUCCUGUGAAAUGAAUUUCUCUUCAAUCAAAGUGCCCCAAAACAGAAGCACAAAUAAAUUAAAGAAAUUUAAGUUGCUAUCUGGUAUACAUAAGAAUAUAUAAGUUGAAUAAAUUCAGCUUCUUUAACUGAUUAUGGUUGUGUUCAUAUAGCACAAUGGAUGUAUUUUAAUGAAGAUAAAACAUUAUAAUUUGAGGUUUUGGGGACUGGUGCUGAUUCCAAAAAGUUAAUUUAGUAAUAUAUACCAACAGCUAGUUUGUCAGCUUCUUAAGCACUGACUGGAUGUCAAGGCACUAAUGAGUCUCUCCAUGUUCUGCUCAUCGCCCGCUGUUUCAGCUGUGUCCAUGCCUGGAGCUCCCGGCCAUUCCAUUCACUUGUCACUAGGGAACACCCUCUACCUCUUUCAGAGGGUGACUUUUUUUUUCCUCUUGCCUUAUAGUUGAGCUAUUUGGUUUGACAAAGCUCAGCAGAAAUUUAUUGUGAAAUCAAAUAUUUUUCAUCACAUUCAUCAAAACCCCUUUAACACCUGCAAGUAUAGAAAAUGCCUUUAGUUUAUGUUUUACCAGUAUUUUGAUACUGCUCAGAAAUUUUAUACUGCCAACAAAGAAGUCUCAACUUCUCAGAUACAAACUGGAAUGCAUUGCUGUGACCCAGAGGUUGCGAUCGAGGAAGUUUCAGUGAGUAUUCUUACCCUCAGAUAAUCCCUAACCUUAGUCAUGAGCCUUAGUUUCCUGUGCGUGGCUCCGCACGUGGUGUUCCAGGGCCCAUGGCGUUUCAGGGUACAAGAUGUAGCAUCCCCGAGUAUAAGCUGCGUGGGGUGAACACUCAUGCUGGCACCUUCAUCAUGGGUGUCCUUCUUGUCUGUUGCUUGGCUGUGAUCUUUUUGUAAAGAUAAAUUAUAUUGCUUUUUUAUGUGUGUGUUUGUGAUAAAUGUUGGGAAGCCAAGCAUUCUCAUUUUGCUAGCUUUGCAAAAUCUUAAAUGUGUAUUCAUUAUUUCUAAUGAUGUUUUAAAACAAAAUAAUACUGUUUAACAUUUGACUUUUUUACAUGUUUAAAAUGUUGCUGGAAUUUUGUGCUGUUUGCCAAAAUUAUAUGAUAAAUAAAUGAAGUAUUGUGCUGA